AUGAAGUCCACCGUCGUAGUCCUAGUAGUGCUGGCUGCCCUAGCCGCUACCGUCUCCGCCCAGUUGGCACUCGAAAACGUCGAUGUCGACAAUGUCCUGAAGAACGAAAAGCUCGUCAAACGCUACAUCGAUUGCACCUUGGAACGUGGUCGCUGCGAACAAAACGGCAGAGAUUUGAAAGUUAUGAUUCCCCGAGUACUGAAUGAGGGUUGCAGUGGGUGCACACCCAAACAGGUUGAAAACUCCAACCGAAUCAUCAAAUUCAUGAAGGACAAUCACCCCGGAGACUGGGCAGCCAUCGAAACAAAAUACAAAACGGGUUAAAUGCUGCUGCACUUCAUUUCUCAAUUUUACUAUUUUCAUUUUUCGCCCCUUUUACAAGUCACUCUUCCUAUGUAUCCUCGGCACAUGUAUUUUCUAGGUCUCCCUAAAAGGAAUGAUAAGAGAAAAAAAAAAGUGGUGAAACCAAUCUCGAUUCCAUUCAAUACAUCUUUUCGGUGAA